AUGUCAUCUGUACGUCACAUCUGUAAAUUUAUUCAGCAACUUGCCAAAGGUAUAUAUGACGUCCUUAUCUCAAAGACCCGCUAUGUUGUCUCAUACCACGUUACUCAUAAAGAGCUGAAACGACAUAAGCUCAUCACGAAAUCUCUGUACAAACACGAUGGCCAGACGGAAGGUAACGGGCUGCUACUGUUACUAUUGACAGUCUACACUGCUGGCGAUAUAGUCCUGUGGUCAAUGACAAUCUUCCCUUCUCAUGAUUUCGUGACGGAUUUCAAAGCUAUUCGCUCCUAUGGAGAAGAAAAUAUGGAUCUGGUGGACGAUCCCGCUGGAGGUCAUGUAAAGGUCAUGAGGGUGUUUUAUGCAAAUGGUACGCGUAACCCGGGGCAUCAUCCACGCGGAGGCGCCCAGUUUUACUCCUACCCCAUUGAACAAAGAACAUCGGUAACUCUGACAUACGACGUUUACUUUGCCAAAAACUUCGACUUCGUCAAAGGUGGGAAGUUGCCGGGUUUGAUGGGAGGAACGACGAGGACCUGUUCUGGAGGCCGUGACUCCGAACAUUGCUUCACAACUCGGUUUAUGUUUCGACGAGAAGGUGACGGGGAGGUGUAUUUUUACGCCCCACAAGACCAAGAGCCCGACUUUUGCGAACGAGAAAACGUCAAAUGUAACUUCGAAAAGGGUCAUUCCAUGGGCAGGGGAACAUGGCGGUUCAAGACGGGUGUGUGGCAAACCAUCAGUCAGCAUGUCCAUCUUAACACCCUGGGCGUGAGGGACGGGUUUAUGAAGGUCUGGGUGGACGGUCACGAGGUAUACGAGUCCCGACACCUACUUUUCCGCAAGUACAGUGAAGUGGAGAUCACGGGGAUGUUUUUCUCCACGUUUUUCGGCGGCUCAGAUUCCACUUGGGAAACCCCACACGACACGUACACGUAUUACAAGAAUUUCUUCUUCACAACUCAGCCACACCCUCAUUACCCCUAA